GCUGACGUCAGAGCCAUGCGACGCAAAGUUCGUGUGUGAUUGCCCGGUGAUCAUCUUCACACUUUAUAUCCACCUAUCUUAGGAUAACAGUGCCAACAGUGUUUACUUUCGCUUCUUUAAAGUCUCGGUUUUUACUACACGACUAUUUCAGAGUUCAGUUUUUUUCUGGUUGACGUAAUUUCCGUUUAGUUAGGGAAGACUCUUCAACAGUCACACGAGGAGACCGUUUUGGGUUUUUUUUUUUUUUUUUUGAAAAUGCAGCUACGUCCUGGUGAAAUGGCUGCACAGUUUCUGCUGGAGGCGUCUUUAAUGUAUGAGGAGAAAUGCCCGGAGCUGUCACGGUAUCUCAUGCAUCUGCCAUACCAGCCUGAAAGACAAGAGAAGAUAAACAAAGUUUGGGUCCACAGCUUGUUGCAGGACAUGUCAUUGUGUUCGUACUGCUGCCAGUGGCUGAAGCCCGAUAACCACCGGGUGCGGCUGCGGCCAAAGCGGCGUCCUUCUGCGCGGGUGAAGCAAGUGCUGCUUAGGAGAGCCAGAGGAAAAUGGUUGAGCCUGGCGCAAAAAAAGCUCCUGAUCCGCUUCCAAAAGUCGCCUUCAAUGGUGAUGGCCACCUGCCACGCUUGCAGUAAGACAUCCAUACACAAAGGGGUGAACAGAGAUUUUAUAUCCAGCUUCGCUAAGACCCACAGCACACCAGGGAGCGCUGGCAAAUACAAGACUCCCCAGUCCAGCAGCAGAUCCAACACGACCACACCCAAGACCCCUGGCAAAGAUAAGACACCGUCUAGUACACCAAGAUCCUCAAUUACUUCCACUACUUCAGGGUCGAGUUCUUCUUCCUCCAAGUCUUCCUCCAAAUCCAAAAACUGGGUGGUUCAGCGUCUCAGCAAAAUCCUCACACGAGAGGACAGCCAGGGCAAAAAGAAGGGAAGCUUGAAGGACUUCCUCUCCUCACUUUGAGGUCCUCGCUGACUUUUUGUCGCUACUCUCGCUCUUAAAAAAAAACGAGAAGGAAGACCAAUGUUCCAACUUGUUUACAGCACAGGCUAACGAGGAACUUAAAUGGCAUAAGUUUCCGAGGUGGUGUGGGAAGGAUCAGUGUUGCCGGGCUGAUUGGAAGGGAGCUCCUGAACGUCCUAAAAUUCAUAACGAGAAGCGUUGAGCUUUCAAUCAGUUCCCGCACAUUCUGCUGUGUCAGGCGAAGUGGAAUGCUUCCUGAAAACUCCUAAACUGGAGUUGGUUCUCUUACAAUGUCUGCUACUUUUGAGGCAUUUCCACCAAGCUUGUUUACACACCAAUAUUCUUUAGUUUUUCUGCAUCCACACAUUUAUGACAUGCAACCACAUGCAAACAGAAACUUUACCAGCUUCCUUUCAUAGGUUGAUUUCCUCUUUGUUUUUUUUGUUUUUUCAAAACAAGCUGAUCUCAUACAAUGUGAUGUAAAAAGUUUUGGAAUUAAUUUUUUUUUUUUGCUAACUCUUAGCCUUUAAUUCAUUGUUAGGCAUUUAUAAUGGCAUAGGGAGGCUAAUCAUGUCUGUGUAUAUAUUUUGCCAAAGCAAUUUUGUAUAUGUAUACACAUUUUUUUGAAAGUGUAAGUCAAAACUGACAAUAUUCACAAGUUUAACUGAGAAAAAAAGAAAUCACACGUUUACAUAUCACACAGUAAACUUUAUUAUUUUAUUGUCUGAACAUUGAAUAUCAUCAAAACUCCUUAAGAGAUUGUUUGAUAACUCCUUGGGCUAAAUACAGUUACUCUUUUAAACAAUUUCUUAAGAGCAUUAGUAUUAAAUGAAUCUAGUGUUUGUUUUUUUGUUUUUUUGUACUGACUGAUUUCUUGCUAUACUGUGGAAAUGUUCAGUGAAUUGUAUUCUGAAAUACCUCACAUUUGUAUUCAAACUGCUUCUGAAAUUAAACUUUUUCAAUAUUAAAAAACUUUCACCAUU